ACGAGUAAAUGAGUAACGUUUAGCGGUAAUUGAAGGGAAAAAUGAAGUUGUGGUAGUGGGCUAGCAGGCAGCCACGUAAGGUGCAUAUGUAUCACUUGUGAAUGAUGUGUUGAGGAUAAUCUAGCGGUGACAUGGCUUGUGUUGUUGAGUGUGAACUGUGAAACUCCAAAUGGCCAAUUUUGUUGGACUAAGGUUGCCAUUGCCAGUGUUGGGUGGUGUUUCUUCCUCUUCUGCCAUUGUGUCUAGAGCAGUAAUAAAAAAGUGGAAUUGGAGACUUAAGGGUCCUCGUCGCGUGCUAUUGGGCUUUGGAGUUUCCUUCUUCUCUCAGUUUAUGACUAUGCUCGCCAACUCCAACUCCAACUCCUUCAUUGCCUCUGCAAGGAUAACGGCUGGCCCCUCUGUGGAUCAGAUACUGAAGAAUGUGGAAUGGCCGGAGCAGUUCCCCUUCAAGGAGGAGGAUUUCCAGCGCUUUGAUGAGACACCAGAUUCCUUGUUCUAUGAAGCACCUCGAUUUGUGACACACAUUGAUGACCCCGCUAUUGCUGCUCUGACUAAGUAUUACUCCAAAGUUUUCCCACCUAGCAACACUCCUGGAGUAAGCAUCUUGGAUAUGUGUAGCAGUUGGGUCAGCCAUUUUCCAUCAGGUUACAAGCAAGAACGAGUAGUGGGAUUAGGCAUGAAUGAAGACGAGUUGAAGAGGAACCCAGUUCUCACAGAGUAUGCUGUGCAAGACUUAAAUGUGAACCCCAAACUCCCAUUUAACGAUAAUUCUUUCGACAUAAUCACUAAUGUGGUAAGUGUUGAUUACCUUACAAAGCCUCUUGAAGUUUUCAAGGAAAUGUGCAGGAUACUUAAACCAGGUGGAGUGGCCAUAAUGAGCUUUUCAAACCGAUGCUUCUGGACAAAAGCCAUUUCUAUAUGGACAUCAACUGGGGAUGCUGAUCAUGUUAUGAUUGUUGGGUCAUAUUUUCAUUAUGCUGGAGGAUUUGAACCUCCUCAGGCUGUCGACAUAUCUCCUAAUCCUGGACGCUCAGAUCCUAUGUACAUUGUGUACUCUAGGAAGCUCUCUACUGCUUUGAGAGAAAUACGAAAUGAGAGUUCGUAGCCAUAUAUUUACUUAUCACUUAUUAGCAGUGAAUCUGAAGGGAGAAUUCGUUGAUGUAAUCAUAUUUGCUCGUUAAUCUUUUUGAUAGCAAUGUUUCUAGUGAGCGAGGUCCUUCAUGGAAAUGUACUCGAAAUCUCUUAGAAUAUAGGAAGAUUUAAGCCUAAUUCAACCCGGAUUUCUUUUUAUUUAUAUAUUAUUUAAUUGUCUAA